AUUCACUCUACUGGAAACUCGAUUACUGUCGUACAAACAUAAAGUUUUAGCUACGUUAUGGUACAAUUCUAAAUUGGUGGAGCAACUCGAAGCCUUUUACGUGGUACCACCGCCGACAAGCCAGGUGAAGCUAACGCUAAGCCAGUUGCUCUGCGCACGCGCAUCGCACGGCUCUACCGUCGCGCUCUGCUAGACCAUCGCACCUGAUUGACAUAAACAAUGACGUCACAAGUGAACGAGUGGUACAGGGGUCGGAAGAUCCUGGUAACUGGGUCUUCCGGACUCAUGGGGAAGGUGCUGAUCGAGAAGCUUCUAUAUAGCGUGCCCGAUAUAGGCUGUAUCUUCGCUUUGGUCAGACCGAAGCGCGGGAAAUCGCCUGAAUCGCGCAUAGAGGACAUGUGGAAAUUGCCUCUAUUUUCGAGAAUAAGGGAAGAAAAACCACACGUGAUGAAGAAAUUGAUUCCAGUCACAGGAGAUUUGUUGAAUGAUAACCUCGGCAUUGAUAACGAGAAACUGCAGCAAAUAUACGAUGAGGUAUCAAUAGUAUUCCACUUCGCAGCGACAUUGCGUCUCGAAGCACCUCUCAAAGAGGGCUUGGAAAUGAACACUCGAGGCACACAGCGCGUGUUAGACGUGGCUAAGAAGAUAAAGAAUUUGGUCUCCUUUGUCCAUCUGUCCACAGCGUUCUGUUAUCCUGAUUAUGAGAGAAUGGCUGAAAGGGUCCACGACCCCCCAGCGGAUCCUCACGCAGUGCUCCAAGCUGCUAGCUGGCUGACUGACGAUCAACUCAACUUACUGGCUCCCUCACUAAUGCAGAAACACCCCAACUCGUACACUUACUCUAAACGGUUGGCUGAAGCUCUGGUUAGGGAGUCUUACCCUGACUUACCGGCUGUUGUUGUGCGUCCGAGUAUAGUGACCCCAUCUCAUCAGGACCCAGUACCAGGCUGGGUGGAUAAUCUCAAUGGUCCCAUAGGCCUUAUGAUAGGUGCUGGCAAGGGAGUGAUACGUUCCAUGCAUUGUUAUGGACAUUACCACGCGGAAGUCAUACCGGUUGAUAUUGCUAUCAACGCGCUUGUCGUCAUCCCGUACUAUUUGAAUACGAAGGUUGAAAGAUCAGAAGAAAUCCCCGUCUUUAAUUUAACAUCAGGAGAUGAUAGAAACGACACAUGGAAGGAGGUUUUAGAUGUUGGCAAAGCUACAGUCCGCAGAUAUCCCUUUGAAGGGCCACUAUGGUACCCCAAUGGGAACAUACGUCACAAUAAAUAUAUACACGAGUUGUGUGUGCUUUUCUACCAUAUACUGCCGGCGUAUUUUAUCGACUUCCUCAUGCUCAUUUUUGGACAGAAACGCUUUAUGGUGCGGAUACAAAAGCGAAUUUCAGUCGGUUUAGAAGUCUUACAAUACUUUACCACCCGCGAAUGGUGGUUUGACACAAACAAUUUCAAGGAGCUACCGAAGAAAUUAAAUCCGAUCGAUCUCAGUAUAUUCCCUAUGGACCUUACGAUUAUAAAAAUCGAGCCGUAUAUUGAAAGCUGUAUGAUUGGAGGCAAGUUGUUCUGCCUGAGGGAAAAAUUGGAAAAUCUUCCGAAAGCCCGGUUGCAGAAUAAUAUAUUAUUUGUGUUGGACCUGAUUGUUUCGGCAUUUUUCUAUCUUCUCAUAUUGUAUUGGCUAGUUCUGUUGUUCGAACCACUUCGAGUAUUGUUGUCUUUUGGAGGUCCGUUUGUUAGAUAUCUUCCAUUAGUUGGAAAGGCAGUUUUUGGUCAACAGUAAUACCGUAAAUUGCAUACUUAUUUCGAAAUUCGCAAUUUUAUUAUAAAACAAGCUUUAUGUGUUAAAAGGCUUUACUUAAAUGGAAUUGGAAUGAAAUAUUCUGUUUAAACUAAUUUUCGUAUCAUUGAAAUUGCCUUCCGAUUUUUAAGAUGUUUCAAUUAUAAUAAAAAAGUCGGUUAAUUAAAAAAAAGAACGAAUUAAUUUGCCUAUAAAUGUAGAUGAAUAGAAGAUAUGUAAUAAUAAGAAUUAAUAAUAUGACUAAUAACUUUUUAGUAAGUGUGUAAUCUCUUAAGAAAUACGUGUGUUCAAAAAUGAAUUAUAGAGAUGGGAGGUUGUGUCAGAUCCAUAGAAAUCUAGAUAACAAGCUUGUUAUUUAGAUUUCUAUGGUCUAGAAGCUAUGGUCAGAUCUCUAAUGAGAGUAUUUCAUAAUACGGUCUAAAUGGUGUCUAAGGAAGCUUUAAAUAAAAUAACAAAUAAUAUAAAUUUAAGACUGUUUUAAGUAUUUGAUUCACUUAAUGUUUACUUUGCACUGUAUCGUAAUCACAGCAAAGGUUAUCAUUGUAUGUUCUAUAUAGGUCUUUUAUAAAUAGUGAUAUUGUAUACGUUGUUGAAUAAAUAUAUUAUAUUUUAUUGUAA